AUGCACGGCCUGAGACCCGGUACCAAUGCAGCUGCCCAAACCCACCGACCCUACACGCCCUCCAAACUCUCAACUGAAGUCUACCCGCAAAAUCUCGCCGCAGACAAGCCUGAGGACACGAACACAAAAGCUCGAAUUGCUUUGGAUGCCGCUCGAAUCUCCGGCGAAUGGGACUUCUCUGCUCUGGACGACUCGACGCUUGGAUUUGAGAAGACGCCAGGACCAACGACGAUGUUCAUGAAAUCAGUGGCAAUGUUGCGGGACAAUCAGAACCGUCGUCGAGCGGUGAGCAAUAGGAAUGCAUUACUACACAUCCAACUAUGUAAGAGCUCGGGAACAGCUGAAGCGGCGAAGUUCUUGCUGCAGUCGUUUGAGUGGGAGUAG